AUGUUUAGCUUCGGUCUGUUUCACGAGCACUUCCGGUCGUUCAACACGAUGUACCGGUGCUACUCGGUGUCGAUGCUGCCGGGGAACGAGCGCCUGGACGUGGAGAAGGGUGGCAAGAUCAUUAUGCCCCCCUCAGCACUGGACACCCUGACCCGCCUGAACAUCGUGUACCCCAUGCUCUUCAAGCUGACCAACACUCGCCACAAUCGGUUCACACACUCGGGAGUACUGGAGUUCGUGGCGGACGAGGGGAAGGUGUAUCUGCCGUAUUGGAUGAUGAGGAACCUGCUUCUGGAGGAGGGCUCUAUGGUUCAGGUGGAGAGCGCGUCCCUCCCGGUCGCCACGUUCUCCAAAUUCCAACCCCAGGCGCCCGACUUCCUCGACAUCCACAACCAGAAGGCCGUUCUGGAGAACGCGUUGCGAAACUUCGCGUGUCUUACGACGGGUGAUGUGAUUGCAAUCAAUUAUAACGAUAAGGUCUACGAGUUGUGUGUCUUGGAGACCAAACCGGGUCCCGCCGUCAGUAUCAUUGAGUGCGAUAUGAAUGUGGAGUUCGCGGCGCCCGUCGGCUAUAAAGAGCCGCAAAGACUCGUUAAUAAACACAUGACUGAAAACCAGGAGAACGACGUCGACUCCAACGCUGAAGACGUCUCAGAGACGCCGUCUUUCGUGGCGUUCGGAGGGAAAGGCAAUCGAUUGGACGGUAAGCUCAAAGAGUUGUCUCCUAAUGAGAGCUCUAAUGGGAAAUCGACUCCAAGAGUGGCGAAGCGAGGAAUACCUGACUAUGAGUACCAAAUGGGAAGUCUUAGGUUUAUUAGAGUUACGAAACCGAUUGCAACGACAGACACAACCGAUGCCAACAAAAAGGCUGAUUUUGAAGCGUUUAAAGGCGAGGGACAGACACUCAUUAAACGCAAAGUAAAUUAA